GCCGAGCGGGCGAGCGGCGGAGGCCGAGGGGCUGGUCCAGGCGCGGCCGCCGAGAGCAGAGCGAGAGGCGGGGGCUGCACUUGACAACCAGCAUGCCGACAUGGCACACUUUGUGCCCUCCCCACCUUCAAAUUGCCUCAGUUACAAAUCAGAGGGCAGGCUCGGUGACCAAGACUGGCAAACACAUUUCAAGGUCCCAUGCUGCGGGGUUGAUCCGUCUCAGCUUGAGUCAGAAGAGGCAGAAGUGGAUGUGAGAGAAAGAGACACACAGAGAGACAGAGAGCCAAAGAGGGCGAGAGACUUGACUUUAAGAGACUCCUGUACUGACAACUCCAUGCAGUUCGGAACCAGAACGACUGCGGCUGAGCCAGGGUUCAUGGGGACAUGGCAAAACGCUGAUACUAACCUCUUAUUCAGAAUGUCCCAACAGGUUCCACUGGCAUGUGCUGGCAGAGUGCUGGGUGCAGACUUUUGCCCAAACCUGGAGGAGCCAGACCAGAGGCUGGAAGUCCAGGCCAUCCGCUGCACACUGGUAAACUGCACUUGUGAGUGCUUCCAGCCGGGGAAGAUUAACCUGCGGACGUGUGAUCAGUGUAAACACGGCUGGGUGGCGCAUGCCUUGGAUAAACUCAGCACACAGCACCUAUACCACCCCACUCAAGUGGAGAUUGUGCAGUCCAAUGUGGUGUUUGACAUCAGCAGCCUGAUGCUGUAUGGGACGCAGGCGGUGCCUGUGCGGCUAAAGAUACUGCUGGACCGGCUCUUCAGUGUCCUGAAGCAGGAGGAAGUGCUGCACAUACUGCAUGGCCUGGGCUGGACCCUGCGGGACUACGUCCGAGGAUACAUCCUUCAGGACGCUGCUGGCAAAGUACUGGACCGCUGGGCCAUCAUGUCUCGAGAGGAGGAGAUCAUCACCCUUCAGCAGUUUCUGCGGUUUGGGGAAACAAAAUCCAUUGUGGAGCUGAUGGCAAUUCAGGAGAAAGAAGGGCAGGCUGUGGCCGUGCCGUCUUCAAAGACAGACUCGGAUAUAAGGACUUUCAUUGAGAGCAAUAAUCGCACCAGGAGUCCUAGCCUCCUUGCUCACUUAGAGAACAGCAAUCCUUCUAGCAUUCAUCAUUUUGAAAACAUACCAAACAGCCUUGCAUUUCUGCUUCCAUUCCAGUAUAUAAACCCCGUCUCGGCCCCACUGUUAGGUUUGCCCCCCAACGGGCUGCUUUUAGAGCAGCCAGGACUGAGGCUGCGGGAACCUAGCAUUUCAACCCAGAAUGAAUAUAAUGAGAGCAGUGAGUCUGAGGUAUCUCCCACGCCAUAUAAGAGUGAUCAGACCCCCAAUAGAAAUGCCCUGACCAGCAUCACUAACGUGGAACCCAAAACCGAGCCAGCAUGUGUCUCCCCCAUUCAGAAUUCUGCCCCAGUCAGUGAUCUAAGCAAAACCGAACACCCAAAAAGUUCAUUCCGGAUUCACCGUAUGAGAAGGAUGGGGUCAGCCUCAAGGAAAGGAAGGGUCUUCUGUAACGCCUGUGGGAAGACAUUCUAUGACAAAGGUACUCUGAAAAUUCACUAUAAUGCUGUCCACCUGAAGAUCAAGCACCGAUGUACCAUCGAAGGCUGCAACAUGGUCUUUAGCUCCCUUCGGAGCCGGAAUCGCCACAGUGCGAACCCCAACCCCCGCCUUCACAUGCCUAUGCUAAGGAAUAACCGAGACAAAGAUUUAAUUCGGGCGACAUCAGGAGCCGCCACCCCAGUCAUAGCAAGUACAAAGUCAAAUCUCACACUCACGAGUCCUGGCCGGCCCCCGAUGGGUUUUAGCACUCCUCCCCUAGACCCUGUCUUACAGAACCCUCUCCCUAGCCAGCUCGUAUUUUCUGGGCUAAAGACUGUACAACCAGUCCCUCCUUUUUAUAGAAGUUUACUUACUCCAGGAGAAAUGGUGAGUCCUCCAACCUCCCUCCCAACCAGUCCCAUCAUUCCAACCAGUGGUAGCAUAGAGCAGCACCCUCCUCCACCGUCUGAGCCAAUGGUGCCAGCAGUGAUGAUGGGCACUCAUGAACCCAGUGCUGACCUGGCACCUAAGAAAAAGCCUAGGAAGUCAAGCAUGCCUGUGAAAAUCGAGAAGGAAAUCAUUGAUACAGCUGACGAGUUUGAUGAUGAAGAUGAUGACCCUAAUGAUGGUGGGACUGUGGUCAAUGACAUGAGCCACGACAAUCAUUGUCAUUCCCAAGAGGAGAUGAGCCCAGGCAUGUCUGUGAAGGACUUUUCUAAGCAUAAUAGGACCCGGUGCAUUUCAAGAACUGAAAUAAGAAGGGCUGACAGCAUGACAUCUGAGGACCAGGAGCCGGAGCGGGACUACGAGAAUGAGUCUGAGUCUUCAGAGCCUAAACUGGGUGAGGAAUCCAUGGAAGGGGAUGAGCACAUCCAUAGUGAGGUGAGCGAAAAAGUCCUGAUGAGCAGUGAGAGGCCCGAUGAGAACCACAGUGAGCCAUCUCACCAGGACGUCAUCAAGGUAAAGGAAGAGUUCACAGACCCCACCUACGACAUGUUUUACAUGAGCCAGUACGGACUCUACAACGGCGGGGGAGCCAGCAUGGCUGCCCUGCAUGAAAGCUUUACAUCGUCUCUGAACUAUGGAAGCCCUCAAAAGUUCUCCCCUGAAGGUGACCUGUGCUCCAGUCCAGACCCCAAAAUCUGUUACGUGUGCAAGAAGAGCUUCAAAAGCUCCUACAGUGUGAAGCUGCACUACAGGAACGUUCACUUAAAGGAGAUGCAUGUGUGCACCGUGGCUGGCUGCAACGCUGCCUUCCCCUCCCGUCGAAGCAGAGACAGACACAGUGCCAACAUAAACCUGCAUCGUAAACUGUUGACCAAAGAACUCGAUGACAUGGGCCUGGACUCAUCGCAGCCCUCCCUUAGCAAGGACCUCCGGGAUGAAUUUUUGAUGAAGAUCUAUGGUGCCCAGCACCCUCUGGGGCUUGAUGUCAGGGAAGACGCCUCCUCUCCCGCAGGGACAGAAGACUCCCACCUGAAUGGGUAUGGGAGAGGCAUGGCGGAGGACUACAUGGUCCUUGACCUGAGCACCACCUCCAGCCUCCAGUCCAGCAGCAGCGUCCAUUCCUCCAGAGAAUCAGAUGCGGGCAGCGAUGAGGGGAUCCUUCUCGACGACAUUGACGGGGCGAGUGACAGCGGGGAGUCUGCACACAAGGCCGAGGCCCCCACCCUCCCUGGCAGUCUAGGGGCUGAAGUUUCAGGAUCGCUGAUGCUCGGCAGCUUGUCUGGGAGCAAUGGCGGGGUCAUGUGCAACAUCUGCCGCAAAAUGUACAGCAACAAGGGGACCCUGAGGGUCCACUACAAGACCGUGCAUCUGCGGGAGAUGCACAGAUGCAAAGUCCCGGGCUGCAGCAUGAUGUUUUCCUCCGUGCGGAGCCGGAAUCGGCACAGCCAGAACCCCAACCUCCACAAAAACACUCCCUUUACUUCCAUAGAUUAGUCCCAGAACGGACCCCACAGAUGCCAGCUCUCACCAGACGGCCUACAUGUUCGAACCGCCAUAGCCAGUGCGUGCUCCCACAGUGGGGCACAUACGUGUGUGUGUACAUAUGUAUGCCUCUGUGUCUACACUUGUGCACACACAUUUUUUUUUCUUUAGAUAAAAAUGAUAAAUACUAGGUGCUUUUGAAAUUUUUUUUUCUUUUUCCUUUAUAGUUUUGGGAGAGGGUGGAUCUUUUACUUGGGGUGAAAAUAGAGUACCCCUUUCAACACACACAUACACCUACAUACACACGUACACACAUAUGCACACAUGCAAACACAUACACACAUGUAUACACACACACAGCGUGCAACUAGCCCCAAUUUUGAUAAAAUAAUUCUUGAUCGUCUCCAAAAGGACAUUUUGUUGUACCUAUGACUGUUGCCUGCAAAAAAAAUAAAUGAAUAAAUAAAAGGGGGGGAAGAGAAAAGAAACAAAAAGAACUUCUUAUAGUUGUCUUUUGUGAACAUUAAGGUUUUGAGAGAAUCUUUAAUUAAAGCAUGGCAGAUUCACCUGUAAAUAUUUAGCCUUUCGAGGCCUAUGAUGUAAAACAAUUGUAUUGAUGGUUGUUUAACUCUUCUUUAAUUUUGACAGUUACAUCCAGCUGUUAGGUAUGCAGGAAAUAAAUAGUUUGCUGGCUAGUUCUAUUCAUUUUUGUUAGCAUUAACGCACAUUUUCUUUAAAAAAAAAAACAAAAAAAAAAAACAUGGUCUUGUUUUUACUACCUGUUAGAUAUAGUGAUAAAGAUGUGCUGGCAUGCUUCACAGCACAGAUCUGAUUUUUUACAAUGUCCUGUACUAGUACAUAAGUCCAGUCAUGCACUUUUUCAUACACUACGUGGGGAUGUGUAAUAUCCAUGCUUCUUUUUAUCCUUAAACUACCACCAUACUUCAAUAAGUAUCUUUUUAAAAAACAAAAACAAAAACAAAAAAAAACAACCCGCUUGUAUAAAAAUGGUCUGAUCAGUAAAGGGCACAAAUGCCAAACAAAAAGUAUUAGUGUUAACACAAAAGUGCCAACUUUGCACAAGUUUUCAGAAAAGAAAAUACAGUUAGUCAUUCAACAUAACCACAGGCUAACUUUUUGGCCACCAGAAAACCACCACCACUACCACAACAACAACAACAAAAAACUUGGGUGAUUCUUUGGAGUGCAGAAUGUUAUUAGAGUCAACAUUGUAUCCUUCCUCUGUACAUGUUAAAUUACAUAAAAGGAAAACAAAAUAAUGUGGUGUGAAACAGCCGAAGCAUUUCUUCUGUAGAGGCAGGGUAACAUCUCGGGAUACAAUAGCCCAAAUUGCUCACUACAGGAACAAAGCUAGAUACAGUAAGAGAGCUGAGCACUCCCGUCUAAGGCCCUAACCCUUAUCCCUUAAAAAGAAAGAAAAAGCCUAAGCUGGGUUCGUCUGUUAUGUGGCUGUCUCAUUUGUCGAAAAUUCUGCAGUAGCACUGAAGUCAGGCCUGCUUAAUAGACAAAAUCAAAAGCCGCUUCACAGCAGCUGUUCUUGGAAGCUCUGAAAACACAUUGAACUUGAAUUGAGCAGCACUCUUCUCCAAGCGGCAGGAGAGGGGCAGACAGGAUCUUACUGUGUAGUGUUUUGUGUUUCCCCAUGUCAGAGAGACAUGAAAGCAAGCCUGGAACCAAGCAGUUGAGAGAGCAAGGGGGCUGGGGAGGGAGACUGCUCCAAACCUUUUUGUUUUGUUUUGUUUCUGAUGUUUACACAUGUUGCCUGAGCUGGUUAACCACACUGGCAGCCUGGGCUACGACAGCAGACUGACUAAAUGAUGAUAUUUACUCGACUUUGUCCGCAGCCCGAACUGCUGGGGUGUGCUUGCAGAGUGGGCUUUAUCAGAUUGUUUUCUUUGGGGAAGGGUGGGGUAAAUACUAGUACUUUCUCAAACUACAUAAUAGAAAGAGAAUGUAUUUCUUUUCUGCAUUUAAUGGCCUCAAACAUUUCUCCCAUCAGUCUAAAGCUUAGAAAUGCUUUUUGUUUCAAUUUUUCAUAUCAUUUCUGUUUUUCAUGUUUUGCAAUUUUUUUUCUGUGCUCACAUCAGCAUUCACUUGCGUUAAAUUUGCCAAAGGAAACUGUUGAUUUGUUUCUGUUAUUAUUCCUGUGCGACUUAUUGUACCUCACAGUAUUUAUUUUUUUUCCAAAAUUAAGCAUCAUUCAUUGGGGGUUCCAGAUUUUUUGUUGUUGUUUGUUUUUUAGAACAGUAGACUAUUAGAGAUGAGCUAGGUGUUCCUAAAACUUUAUCUUUGUCUCCUUCUGAAGACGCCAUGGGAUCUACUUGCUUCUUCAUUUAUUCCACCUUGAGGAAAGUCCAGAAGCAUUUGCAGUACAAAAGUAUCACACACAACGUCUGUUAAAUGACAAAUGUUUACGGUAAAAAGCUGAGGAAUUAGUAAGAACUGUUUCUGUUUCCUUGUACCUUUGAUUUUCCUAAAGCUUACUUGCUUUAUUUUGAUGUUGUGUUAAACUGAACAAACAGAUGUGUUUCUUUGUUUUAUAACAUACAAGACUCUGUACAGUAUGUUUGUGAAAGAUUGAACUAGAAGAAUGAACAUUUGUUUGCAAACAUCUGGUCCUUUAGCAUUCUCUAUAAUGCGUUCUUGCCUGUUACCAAGCGCUGGAUUGAAAGGGCUGAAACACAUUGUUACAGUCUCAACAGAAAUCAUGGAAACCGUCUUGUCGAGUGUGUGUAGACUAAACUACACCUUGUUUUGUGAACACUAAUAUGCAUCUGUGUUUGAGCAACUUCCAAGUGUUACAUUCUUAGAGCUGUGAGAAUUCAUCUCUACAAAAACCAGUGUUUUAGUCUGUUUAAUUGACUGUCUGGUAAAAUGUCCAAUGGUCCUCUUGAGUGAAUCACCUAGCUGUCAGAAGGUCACAUCAGCCAGCAAACCAGGCUCAGGACAAGCAUUUGUCACUGGCCAUACACCUGGCUAAUGUCUGUGGCCAGAUAGAAAAGGUACAGAAGUAACUAGAUUAUAGAAGUAGUUUCCUUUGCUAGGAAGUGUGAAUGUGUACACCUGUUAGUCAGAAAUGACGCUAGAACCUGGGCAGAUGGCACUUUCUGAGUAUGCCCUUAUUAGCUACUACUUUUGUGCCUCACAUGCCCAGUUGUUAUGCUGACCCAGUAUAAAGUCUGUCUGCGUAUAAGGGACAGGAGAAGUAAGUGGAUGCAGCACAUGAAAUGCUAAAUUGUGAGACGUCCGAUUAUGCUCCCAGAGUACGGCUUAUUCUUGGGUCUGCGUGGGUGCAGCGCUGUGACUAAACUAAUAUUUCUCCCGAGGACAGCAGCUCCAAGGCUCACUACGUGCAGAGGAUAGGAUGAAGAGACCAGCCAAGCUCUUCACCUCUGCCCAUUCCUACUUGUUUAUUUGUUGAUAAGAGUUUCCUUUCCCUAAGCAGUUUCGAGCUACAUCCAUCUCUUUCCGGCUGAAAAUUCAUAGGAACGUACAUUUUCAUUCGGGUAGCUUUCUCCCAUUUGAUUUGAUUUUCGCCCAGGCUUUGUCACUGAUACAGAGUUAGGCAGUACUAGUUGUGCAUGCUCUUCAGCUGAUGUGGAAGUAUACAGUUUCGAUCAUUUUAUGUUUUUGUAAAUAUUAGAAAGGCUGGGUCCACUUUGGGGAGUGUCUGCAUGCUGUGGAGGGGGGAGAAAGAGAGCAAGGAAAGAGAUAAUAAGUAAUUUGGCUUUGAAAAUGUGGUGAAAGCGCCUGACAUUCUUGUUCUGCUAGUAAUUGUAUUUAAAUAAACCAGCUUCACAUAGCUCAUCCCCAGUCUUAGUGCAGCUGCCCUGGUCAGCGUGAUCCUUUCUUAAGAUUUGAGUGUAUAAACACUUUCCUUCUCAACAUGACUAACAUCUUUUUAGAAACCAGUGUUAGCAUAGCAGUGUCACGUGACUUCUCUAGUCAGGCUUUCCAGUAAAAGGAGGAAGGCAUUUCACCAGUUGUAGCCCAUAAGUGUACACAUUGUUGGGAAAGAAAAGGUCUGAAUCUAUGAAGAAUGGACUAGCUGAGAAGCGUGCCCUCAUUGGACUCAGGAGAAAUCAUUCAUGCCACCUAAUAAAAUAGCAUUUCCCUCCUCUUCGUCUGUGUACUCCAUAGAUGCAUGCCAGGCAGAUAGAUGAGAAUAAGGGCCCUUGGCGAUUCAAACGUAGACAAGCCAAUAAUCAGACUGGGAUGGGCACAGCAUACCUGAGCAGCUCUUGACUGCAUCACGUCUGCCAGCUGAAUGACAGUAAACAGAAUACAUCUGUCCUAAGGCAUGUAGCAUAUGCUCUUGUAAAAGAACAAGACACCCAGGAGAGAGGCAGGCUUCCGUCCUGUGACCACACCCUGUUCUCUAGAGUUUUUUAAAAUUACGGCAAUUUUAAUUACUUUGCCCUUCCCCAAACUAGAAAUAUUUAAAUGAGUGGAUUUUGUUCCUUCCCUUUCAGUCUUUGUUUUUAGCAGGAAGGAUCUAACUGAGCAAGGAGGACAAGAAAAGACUGGUGCCAAAAAACAAACAACAACAACAAAAAACCCAAAAAACAAAACCCAAAACCAAACAAGCAAACACACUGGAGGGGCUGCAGUCCUUGUAGAAGAAGUAUCUAGAGGACAGGGUCUGGCCCUGCCUGGAGUGUACCUGGAAAUGAAAAAGUUAAUGCAUUACAACUGUUUGUCCAGCAGAGAAAUCUAAGUCAGUUCCCGCUGUUCCCUGUGGCCAGACUUAAGAUAUCUUAAAAAGUUCCUUCUGGGUCUGGAUAGCCAGAAAGGACAAGUGUGAGUUUGCGGGUUGCUCUUCUUUUCUUUCUGAGUAGGAAGCAAUGGCCAGGGUUCCUUGGGACCACAAAGAUGCAGCCUAGGUUAAAAGACCAAUGGUGAAACCUACUUGUUGGAAUGGUGAUGAGUGGGGUCGAAGCGAGUGGUCUGCGUGUGCACACUGCAGCAUCCUAGGAAGUUGUCAUCAUGGAACCGUGUCCUCAGGGUUUUGAGAUCAGAAUGGAAGCUGACACGCAAAGGUCACUGGUUUCACUUUUUUUUUCCUCAGAAUUUGAACACUCUUGCUCCUGUCAAUGUUAAAGUAUAUCUGACGUGUCCUAGACUCCUGUCCACCCUUCCUGCCCUUGCAGAGACUUCACUAUCAUUAUGUUAUGUUGUUCCCACUAACAGCUGACCAGUGGCUCAUCCUCCAUGUUCUUGUCCACACAUGAAGCCCUCCUUGCAUCCUUUUAUCCUCUGUCUUCUCACAAUUUACACAAAAUUAUUUUUAUGGUCCUUCUGAAAUAAUUGGAUGAUAGAUACUAUCUUUUGGACACUUAUUUUUUUUAAUUGCAAAUGCUUAAUAACAGGGCUUAAAAAGUCAGACAUUUUUACAGGAAUACUAAAUGGAGUCAUUGUUAUUGUUCAUGAUAAUUAAAUAUAGACAUGUAUAUAUAAAACAUAUAUUUGAAGCAACACACUGUAGUUGCCAUAAAGCAAUCUUUAUUCUUUUUCAAAGUGUUCUUGUAAAUUCAUUUGACCUUUACUGCAGGAAAGAAAUUAUAUAGGGUUCAGGACAAGGCUCAGUUUGUAACAAAUAGUGGACCAUUACAGACAGGAAAGGCAAAAGCCAGGCCUUAGCAGCAAGAAGCUUCAGUUCAAUUUCACCUCAUAUCUUUCUAAUAACUUACUUGUCACUUUAUUACCUUCCAGUAAUGUGAACGCUGCUGACAAGACUGUCACACUAACAGCAGACAACACCCUCUCUUCUCCUGCCCCAGCUCUCCUGGCUACUUAUUGCCCUGGCCCUGGAGGGACACAAACUAAUAGUGUGCUUUCCAGUUCAGCACUUGGCCAUCAAAUAUAAAAGGAUGCGUAAUUGCCUGUUUAUCCCUGGUGAAGGGGAAAUUGAGUAGAGGGCUAGGCUUUCCCACCAGUUCCCUGCUCUACACACUCAUUCUCAGUCUGCCUGCCUCCUCUGUCUCUCCUGUCUCCUGCCAUCCCCUCUAACCCCCGCCUCUCUCUGUCUUUUCUCCAACACAGAAGCACAAUGUAUGCCUACUGUGUGUUUAGGAAACUGGAGAUCGAUCCUCCGCUCCCCCGGCUAGUAAGCGGACAGGUGACUUCUUACAUAAAAGGUCAAUAGAGAGUUCCUGUUUGACUCUUCUGUUUCUUUGAAACAGGAAUUCAAUCCAGUGCCCAUCCAUUUGGGGAGCGUUGGGUGUGGCCCUGCAGUCAGAGAAAAUUCCCCUGCAAAUCAGUGGCAUCAGCAGGAGUAGGUUGCCAGUAUUCUGGGAGGAAAGGGUUAAAAUACUUUUCUUUCUGGUCAAAAGUGUGUGUUGUAAACAAACUGCAUAUGAAUGGUGGCUGAAAAACACCAGGGAUGUUUAAAUCUCUGGCACCAAACCACUUUCUAAACAUAUACAGAUAUCUCUCAAUAACAGACUCCAAAUCCGUAUUUAACAAGAUGGAUUAACCUUUGUUUACCAAACUGAGCUGACAAUCAGAAUAAAAUAAGACUCAAUUCUUUCAACAUUUGCCAUAAAAAAAAAAAUGAAGAUCUUACAUGUGAUAGGUAAAUUGUCCAUUUUGGAAAAUUUGGAGAGGCCCAAGCUUUACAAAAGCGAAGAGCAAAGGUGUGAAGGAAGUACAGUGAAAAUGUUAGGCUCCGGAAUACCUUGAACCCAAAUGCUGUGUCACAUUGGUGAUUUCUGAACACAGGACUGCUUAGAAGGCGGUUCAGCGUGGCUACUUAGUGAGUGAAUGAAAUGCAGGCUGCAUUUGCACAGCAUCACAGAGGAGCUGGGGGACGCCAUGCUUACUCCCAACUCCCACGGCAGACCCUCCUUUGAGAAGUAAUGUAACACACGGAGGCCGCGUCUUCGUGGUAGACUUUUUGCAAGGAGAGGACGUCAGCAGUUUUUGGAACAGGUAGCAUCAGGUCUAUGUUGACAGGGCUGUGCUUAGUCACUUCAUGAGCCAGUCUGGGGACUGAGAAGAAAAGCACUUUGAAAAAGGACUUUGGGUCUGAGUAAUGGCAGUUAAAGGCAGUUUGUUGACUUGAUUUUUAUUUUUUUUUAAGUUCCCUCGUGUGUAUUUAUAAUAAGCAGUUACCAAACAUGUUAAGAAAUUGUAAUUAAGAACUCAGUUGCCAAAAUUGCACAAAUUCUGCUAGUUAAUAACUAGCUUUGUCCCCUGAGCUGUAAGUAACGGGGAUACAUGAGGACAUUCUAUAGUCGUAAUGCUUUCUUUAGCUGAGAAUCAUCGAAGGGAAGGAAGAGCAGAAAAUGGUAUUUUGACAAAAAUGGAGAGACGUAGAUAGUAUAAAAGUAUAUUUCUUCAAGAUAGAGAGAAUCUAAGUGCUAGACCAAGGUUUUAUAAGGCUUCCUGUUGCCAAAUGUGAUGCUGACUAAAUACACCGCUCAGAUGGCAAAGGCAUCAAUUAUUAACCGGCUCUGCCCACUUCUGUUAUGGAAUGCAGGGGUGAGAGGAUGCUCUGGGGCCCUCGGGAGUGGGAGAGAGCUCUACUCCACUGGCUUCAGAAAGGUUUUCAAGAAGGUGAAGACUCCUCCAGCCCUAGCAUUCCCUCACCCACCCUGCAAGGUGACCUGACCUGGCACCAUCUUUGUGGGCACUAACUUUUUCCUGCCGCUUCCUUGUUAGGAGACAAGGCAUCCCCCUACCCACUCCCGAAUCAGUGCAGUAGCUUGUGUCAGCGCUGAUUCACACAAGGCACGAUGCUCUUGAACUCCCAGCCAAUGUGCUGAAUUAAUAGGUUCACUUGAGAUGUAUAGACCAAGACUGACUGUUUAUUCUUUUCAAUCUCAUACUGUUCUCGAACAUUUUUGCAUGUCUUUGUACAGAGUCAUUCAUUCCUCUCAUUGCCUGUCUUGAUCUCCUCUGGCUUUUCAACUACUCUCCCUCUUGCCCUUUGCCCUCCCGAUGUUAUCCCUCCCCCCCCCCCCAAAUAAAUCUUUUCUGGGGCAACCGGUUAGAACACUUCCUCUCUUGUCCUGGUUUUGAUCACUUUGGAUACGUGUGUGUGUCCUACCCUGCCCAGGUUUACAUAACGUGAAUUAAGCAAACGAGAUGUUCCAGUAUUAUGUAUUAACACGAUAGGACUAGGACUCAGUCUUCAGUGCACUCGCUUUCCUGUGCAAACGUUGGUUCUCCUGUCAUGCAGCGGAAACUACCCUCACCCCACCAGAGCCAGUCUUAACUGCUGUGGGAGAGCUUAGUGUGGGUCAGAGAAGCAAGGGGGAUUGAGAAACUGGGCAAGACUUGGGUCUGGGGGACGUGGCGAGGCCCCUCCCUGGGCUAAGACAACACGGAACUAUUUCCCCUACUCAACCCUCUGGUGUAUCUCUUAAUGACAAAAGCGCUGGACUCAGCUUUUAUAUUCCACGCUGAAAAUGGAUAAAGGAACUUGAAGUAUCUUGAGAGAAAGAAUUUUUAAGCAGAUAUGUCCCCCCUCUGACCUAGAGUUCAGGGGUUUGGUCUUUUUUUUUUUGUUUCUAUUCUCAUUUGCAUCAAAGUUUCUUCCACCAUGCCUGCAGAACCAAAAUCUGUAUCAGGAAAGGCAACUGCGCCAAGAUGGGACAGCUUCAUCCCCUACCUAAUGAUUGUGACGUCCGUAGCUUCAUGAAUACUGUAUGUAUUUUAAUCAAGGGUUUUGUUUUUUGUUUCAAUUUGUGGUUUGUUUUUAUUAGUAGUCUAAGGUAAUUGAAAUUGUUUAUUUACUAUUUCCUUCGUUGUAUUUUCUGUACUAUAACUGUCUACAGUAUGUCUUUUGCAUAAAAUGCAUAAGGGUUUGGGGAUGUAAAUGGAAUUUUAUUCAUAUUUUGUCCAAAUACCUCUUGUAAUUUGUAUCAAAAUUCUUGUACAAUUUUUAUAUUAAAAAUUUAUCAGUCA